CAGCACUCUCCAUUUCACUGCACCUCGACGAUGCCAAGCACGGAAGCCAUCGACCGCAUGACGGUGAAGAAGCUGCAGGCAGAGCUCCAGAAGCUCGGCGCUGCCACCCGCGGGACCAAGGCCGAGCUCAAGGCACGCCUCGUGGCGCUUCUCGAGGAGUCAAAUGCGCCUGCGGAGAGCGAAGAGGCUCCUGCGUCCAACUGCAACCUGGACGCGCCGGCCAACGAAGCGGCCGCGCCGACUGCAGAGGCGGCGCCGGUCAACGAGGCGCUUUCUACUGCAAGCGAGCCAUUACAACCAGUGGAACCGACGGCCACCGUCGCACCCGAGGCUAUUGCGACGACGACGAGCCAAGAGAACACCGACGAUCCAGCCCAUGCAGAUACGACGCCCGAUGGGCCAAUGACCACGGAGCCAGAUGUACUGUCGACUCCCCACGUUGCUGCGUCGUCAGCCCCCGAUAUCGACACGGCGGCACCUCCAGCCAAGAAGCGCAAGGUCGAAGCGACACCGUCUGUCGUCAUGUCCGUGCCACCGGCCAAGAACCCUCUUUCGUGCACGCUCCGUAUCGACAACUUUGUUCGUCCGUUCACGCUGCCCGCAGUCCACGCGCUCGUCCAAGCCGACGGCUCGUUUGUCGAGGACCAUGGCUUUUGGAUCGAUGGCAUCAAGACGCAUUGCUACGUUACGUUUGCGACUCCGGAAAUUGCGACGGCGACGCGUCAGCGCCUCCACGGCGUCGUGUGGCCGGCCCACCAUGGCAAGACUCUUUCGGUCGACUACUCGGCAUCGACUGCCAAGAUGAUUGCAGUCGCGAACCCGGUGCCCGAGCUGCGACGAAGACCAACGUUGGUCGCGUCCGUGGGCAAGCCGACAGCCGCCUCGCUCCCAGCGCCGCCCGUGACGAUGGAAGACCUGUUUUGGAAAACGAGUACCAAGCCCGUGCUCUACUACUUGCCGCUCACGUCCGAGCAAGUGGCGCUGCGGCAAACCUCGGCCGUCGCCACGACCACAACCACGUCCUUGUAGGCCGAUGACGCAAAUUUUCGUGUUAAGCCAACCUCAAAACUCAAACCCGUCGAGGUGGUUGAGAUCCA